GGGACAAAUUGGUGUCUGUCGGUCGUUCGCGUAGCAAGGAACCCUCAGUGCCGCCGGUGGUUUCAUCUAACAAGCCAGUGCUUUGGCAUUAUCAGCACGCAAAACGACUACUCCGAACACAAAUCAAAAAAUGUCGUGGAUAAAGGAACGCCUGGGAUGGUCCGAGGUGAUCGCCAAGGGUCGUCGCGCCAUUUGGCGACCCCUUCUCGCCGAGUUCAUCGGCAACUUGUUCCUCAACUUGCUCGGCUGCGCUUCCGUGGUCACGCUGAACGAGACCGGCUCCUCAAGCAACCUCCUGAUCUCUCUCACCUUCGGUCUUGUGCUCGCCUCAGUCGUCCAGGUGGUGUGCCAUGUGAGCGGCGGCCACAUUAACCCUGCCGUGACCAUCGCCAUGAUGGUGACCAACAACAUCACCAUCAUCAAGGGUAUUUUGUACAUCCUUGUCCAGUGUGCCGGAUCCACCAUUGGCUCCCUCAUUCUCAGGGCCCUGACUCCGGAGAACCUGGGCGGCAACCUGGGCAUGACCACCGUGCACAAGCACCUGGACGUCCUGCAGGGCUUUGGCAUGGAAUUCUUCCUCGGCUUCCUGCUGCUCUUCGUCAUCUUUGGUGUGUGCGACCCCCACCGUGACGACGUGAAGGGAUCUGCUCCCCUGGCUAUCGGUCUUGCCGUCGCCGCUUGCCACUUCUCUGCUAUCAACUACACUGGCUCGAGCAUCAACCCUGCCCGUACCUUUGGCUCUGCUGUUGUGUCAGGAAUCUGGGACAACCAGUGGGUGUACUGGUUCGGCCCCAUCCUCGGAGGCAUCGCCGCCGCCCUGAUUUACAAGCACUGCCUGGCCGCUCCUGCCCCAACCAGCCGAAACGCCGGAGACACCGAGUACAGCCCAGUCAGGGUUGAGGAGAAAGAGAUGAAGAGUCUCAACAAGGAUGAUAAUGUUGCAUAAGCAACCAAAACUGUGGAGUUCUAACCAGCAAGCAAGAAUCUUCAAACUCCUCCAUUUGUAUUUUUAAUAACUCAUGAAACUGAAAAUUUUAUGAUAAAGAAGUACCAAAAACUAAUAUUCUUUUAGGCCACAACUCUUAAAAUAAAUAAUAAAUGCCUCUAAUGGACUGCGUGCAUUAAAUGUUUGACUAACUCUUGUAUGUACACUUGCGCUCGUAUCAAUUUUAAUGCUCAUUACAUCUUGAUAUUGUAAUUAUCUUAUUCUUAGAGAGUGCUCUGCAUGUGUUUUCAAACUACUAUAUAAUAUUCUCUGCUGUAUCUCUCCAGUUAAAUAAGCAUCAUAACAUGUGUUCAAAUAUAGAGUUGGAAGCAAAAUUAUAGAUUAUAAAUGUUUGCCUUUUGUAAGAGUUCAUUGUAGCGGCUCGUUGGAAAUAAUUAUUUAUAUAAUUAGUAGUUUGUUUUUUAAAGUACAUUCUGGCAAAUUGUGAGCUUGUCAAAUACAAACAAUGUCAUGAAACAAUAGAAAUUAAGUUUCGCACAUUUAAACUCUCUCCCAUACAAAUUCAUGUUUUAACCGUAAAUGUAAAACUGAUUCAUAAAAAUAAAAUAUUAUUUAAAAUCA